UGAAAAUGUGUUUUGAAAAAGCUUUGUAUUGACUUUUGCGAAAUAAUUUUGAAAUGAAUGUGCUUCCAUAACAUGUUUUAAACAUUUGAAUUCAAUUUGCAAUCUAUCUAGCUAACAUGAGAAUUAUAAUAAACAAUUCGAGACUUAGCAUAUGAAGAAAAUUUAAUUAGUAGUGCUGAAAAAUGGGUCUCAUCAUAUAUUGUGAUAAACUUAGUACAACCUAUUUCCCGCCGAAUUUGCAAACCGAUAUUUGCAGUAUUAGCGCCAUUAAAUGGAAGCUCCUUCUUUUUGCCAGUGCAAUUUUAGUUAUAACUGGGAUGUACUUAUUGUUCCAAUGGAAAUAUCGGAGUCAUCGAACAUUGCUAAUAUAUCAUAAUUUGCGUGCACCUUUAUUACUACUACUCCUGACUAUCAACACAUUAGAACUAGCCCGUGCCUUGUUAUCUGAGCCAGCAGUUGGUCGCAAUGGCGGAAUUAUAAAUAGAUACGAUGGAAUUUCAGGUACUAACAAAGAACCUGUCAUAAACGAAGUACAGCAACGGCAUCAACAACAGGAGCAAGUGGGGAAUAAUGAAAUAGAAACUGAUCGUAUUGUAGUUGUUAUCGGCGUAUCAAUGCUCUGGAAUGCACUGUGUGCCAUUUUACUAACCAUUCUUUUAAUUGUAUUCCAUCGGAUUGUUGAGUUGAAGAAAAAAGUUGAAUUUCUCUACGUCAGCGUAGGUGUGGAAAUUCUCGUAUUUGCUUUUCGUAUUUAUGAACUCGCCGAAAUCGUCUAUGAUCAGAACAUCUACGAACUGGAAUCUUGUUUGCAAGCCAUGACAGCAAUCUGCUUACUAUCGGUGGGCAUGGCGGACGGUUUCUCCAUUUACAAAGAGCGCUUCAAACCUGAUUAUUUUGAGGACUACGAGAAAAUUGGUUAUAAACACACAUUAGCAACAUUUUAUUCAAAAACUGUAUUCUGGUGGCUUAAUCCGUUGCUGUGGUUUGGCUAUAAGGAACCACUAGAAUUAGAAGAUUUAGGUGAGAUGCGCCUUGAGGAUAGUGCCAGAGCUCAUUACGAUCAAUUUUUGUUAAUUUAUAAGACAGCCAAAGUGAAAAAUAAUGACCGACCACCAUCCUUGUGGUAUUGUUACUUAAAAUAUAGUUGGCGUAUGUUUAGCUUGGGUGGAAUACUUAAACUUUUUGGUGAUUUGUUUUCGUUAAUUGGUCCACUUGCCAUACAACAAAUCGUUCAAUAUAUUGAAGUAAUGUACAAUGCACAUUACCCCACAUUACCGCAAUUAAAUAACAACAACCUCACAAUGCAUUCCAGUAAUCUCAGCAAUUACAAUUCCGCUUACAACUACAACAACAAUAAUAAAGCCGGCAACAUCAGCAACCACAUCAUCAGCAACAAUAAUAAUUUAUCAAUUACCCUGAGAGGAUUAAAAAAUUUGUACAAUGACAGCUUACGUAACAAUAGUAGCGGCAAUCACAUUUCCACAAGAGCAACAGGAUCGAUUUGGCUACCAAAUCCUGGCGACAAUGGCAACAAUCAAAUUGCAAAUGACAUUUAUUACGAUGGCGCUGAAGUGAAAAUUUACUAUCCAAGUUGGUUAGAUUUAGUGUCGAACGGGUGGGCAAUUGCAUGGAUUGUGUUGUUGGCGGCACUGGCGCAGGGUGCACUGUCGCAGGCCUCGACGCAUAUACUCAAUAUGACGGGAAUUCGUAUUAAGACAUCGCUGCAGGGUUUGAUUUAUCGUAAAACGUUGCUGCUGUUGAAUUUCAGUUACAUGGAUAACGGCCCGGAUGGUAUUCCAAAGGGCAAUAAUAAUAGUAUGGAUGAAAAUAAAUACGAAAGAGAGAAAGACGAACUUCAAAACACCGCCACAACAUCAUCAACGCAAACGUCAACGAAGGAUAAUAGUUUUGGUGGAGGCAGCAGUGGAGGUUCCGCUGACGUUGGUACCAUUACAAAUUUGAUGUCUGAGGACACAUUAAACAUAAUGUCCUUCUUCUGGAUAGUACACUACGUAUGGGCAAUUCCUCUUAAGAUUGCAGUGGUAAUGUACUUACUUUAUGUGAAGCUUGGCAUAAGUGCCGUCAUUGGUUCAUUUGUCUGUAUCUUAACCAUGACACCACUCCAAUUCCUUAUUGGCAAGGCGAUGUCAACUAAUGCAGGAAUAAGUGCGAAAUUUACUGAUGAGCGUUUAAGAAAAAUUCAUGACACCUUCAUUGGCAUCAAAUUGAUAAAACUUAAUGCUUGGGAUGAUGUAUUCCUGAAGAAGAUAACAACAGCACGAAAGAAGGAGUUGAAAUAUUUGAACAAGGACUCUGUGUAUUGGACACUAAUGACCAUAUUAACACAUUUGUCAACGGUUUUGAUUACAUUCGUUACACUAGCCGUUUAUAUUAAUGUAAAUACCAAAAACAAUAAUGCAGAUACAAACGAAUUUACAGCCAGUCGCCUCUUUUCUGCUUUGGCAUUAUUUCAACAACUUACCGUACCACUACUAAUAUUUCCAAUAACUGUGCCGAUUAUCAUUUCGGCAGUCGUAUCGACCAGACGUUUGGAAAAUUUUUUACAAUCACGUGAAAUACAAAAACAGUUCGAAGGCAUUAGAAACAUGGCACGUAUACUUAGUAAAAGUGAUGCUUCAUUGGAUAUGUACGAAGUAAAAGACAAAUCAACACUACUGGUCAACAACAUUAACAGGGAGGAUAAUAAGCAAAGCAAAAAGGAAAAUAAAGUAAAUGAGCGACUUGUCUUAAAGAUAAAUAUACCAGAGAAACCAGCGCCAUUAGCACACUCUGAACCGCAUACUCCAUUAGCGGUACCAGAGCCAUUACAACUACCACCGUCACUGACAACAGCAGUUACUGACGCUAGCGGCACCGGCAUUGGAAUGAGUUGUCAUGCAAAUGAAGACAAGCCACCCAUUUGUAAUUGCAUGAAUGAGUGCCUACUAAAAUAUUAUGAGACGCGUGCAAGGAAGUUGAGCUUACAGCGUAGGGAGUUGCUACGUAACACACCGUAUGUGGUAAUACGUCCACGUAAAGCACCGAAUUCACAGUUGCAACAGACGAAGAGGUACGAUUCGUGGCAUCGCGACUCGUUGCUACUUAAAAUGCAAGACGAUGUUGCGGUUUCUGUUAAGGACGCUUGCUUUGCUUGGAAUCCAGACCAUUUUCAGCACACAUUGAGCAUUAAGGAUAUAUCAAUACCAAAGAAUGCUUUUACGAUUAUAGUGGGAAAAAAUGGCAGUGGCAAAUCUUCAUUACUUUCAGCUUUACUAAUGGAGAUGCCUUUGAUGUCGGGCGAUAUGAUAUGGAACAAAACAUCCACAAUUGCAUUUGUUCCACAACUACCUUGGCUAUUAAAUACAAGUAUACGUGAGAAUAUUACAUUUGGAGAAUCUUUCCGUCCAAAACGUUACGAUUUUGUAUUGGAGGCAUGUGCACUUAAACCUGAUAUCGAAUUGAUGCCGCAAGGCGAUAUGACUGUAAUUGGAGAACGUGGCAUCAAUUUGUCCGGCGGCCAGCGUCAGCGUGUGGCCAUAGCAAGAGCACUGUAUUCGUCAGCUAACGUAGUGAUAAUGGAUGAUCCAUUUUCAUCCUUGGACAAUGAAGUUGCGCGGCACAUUUUCGAACAAAGCAUCAGGAAAAUGUUAUUGAAAAGCAAUCGAACUGUGAUUUUGGUGACACAACAAUUGAAUUUGGUCCAACAGGCGGCUUAUUUGAUUGUUAUGAAGGAUUGUCACCUGCAAGCAGCCGGAAGUUAUAAAGACAUCGAACUGAAAUAUCCACACAUUAUUGCCAAGUGGAAUUCCAUAGUUGCAAAAGCCAGGGAAAAGGAACAGCAAAGCAGUACUGUUGUUGGACGCACUGCCCGUGAACGUUGGAAGUUAUUUAAGAAUGUUAGUAAAUUGGGUCUGCAGCGUUCGAUUUCGGCCGUGGAAGCAAAAUCUGUUGGCGAUGAUAUUGAAGCGGAAAUGGACAUGGCUGAUGUAGCUACGGAAAAUGAGGACAUUUUGCCUGCGUCAUUACCCUCGAAAAAUGCUCUGCGCUGUUCACAGUCCCUGGGUAGUUUCUCACUUGUACGUAAACGUUCGAGCGUAUAUGGUUCCAGACAUCUCAUCUACGAUGUACCGUUACCAAUUGAUGAAUGCCAAACGGAGGAUGUCAUUAUGCGAAGACGUCGUCGCGGAACACAUCGACGCAUUAGCUCUCGAGCUUCCAGCCGUCUCAGCGGCAUCAGCAACAAUUCGUUAGAAAUGCGACGUAGUGUAUUAACCACAAGUUGUAGCAGUGCGACAAGUUAUGUUAGUAACAAUAGCAGCAAUGUUAGCACAACGGAUUGCAACGACAGCAUUAGUACCAAUGAGGUGAUAACAGGCCCUCACAUGCGAGUACAGUCAUGGCAACCACAAAGUGUUGCUGCUACUAAAAUGCAACAUCCGCCAGUUGCACGCAACAUAUCAUCACCAAGCACAUUUUUAACAACAGUUAAACAUAAAGAACAUCAACAACAACAUAAAUAUCAGCAACAUCAGCUAAAACAGAAGCAGCAACAAGAACAACAACAACAACAACAACAACAAUAUAUCAAUGCAUCGACAGCAACAACAACGCCUGCAUCAGAUGCUGCCAUAGUAGCAGAUUUAGUCAAAUCAUCGAGGUCUGAUGGUGGAUUUCAGCAAUUUUUACGUCGCAUGUCGAUGCGACGCUCAAAUAAACCUUCGACAGUGGUUGUUCAUCGCAUGCAUCGGCCGCUGAGUGCAACAAAUUCCAUUUUGAGCAUUUCGGAGGAGACAACAACAGUAACUGCUGCGCCAUCAAUUGAGUUGACUUCAGUUGUUGCUAGACCAGAAACUGUGACCAAAAAUGAGGCCGAAACGGAGGCGUGUAUUCCAACUCAAAAUCUAGUAGCAAGUACUGAGCAUGGAAAGCCUGCACAAGCAGAUACCAACAUUGACUACAAAGUGUUGACAAACAAUAAAAUUGUGACAGCAUCGAGCACUUGUACGGACGGUACGGAGUCACCGUUAGCGAUGCCAACGGAUGCUGGAAAAACUACAACAGUAGGAGCAGAAGUAGCAACAGCAGCUGUGGCACCAACAACUGUAGCAGAUGUCGAACGCAAAUAUGGAAAAAUCCCAAUGCAAAUUUAUUUGCUCUAUUUGCGUGCAUCUGGAUUACCGAUUGUUUUGAUAUUCUUCGCUACUGCCCUAAUUUGGCAGUGUUUGCGCGUCUACACGGAUGUGUGGCUGCAGCACUGGACGGACGACAAUGCAGCGACAGGAUUCAGUUCAACAACAAUGGCAACAACUGCUGCAUCCAUGGAGCCAGCACCAAUAUUACGUACCUCAGAUACGGCUCAGCACGAAGUCACGUACUAUUUUCGCGUGUAUGCGGUCAUUUCGUGUGUGUGCAUGGUAAUGGCCAUGAUAUCGACACCGGCCGGCCAAUUCGCGGGCUGUAAUGCGCGUCGUAAUUUGCAUGAUAAACUCCUGCGAACGAUUAUGCGAAAAUCGUUGCACUUUUUUCAAGUAACGCCAUUGGGUAGGAUAAUGAAUCGCUUCAGCAAUGACAUGGCGAUCAUUGAUAAGAAAAUCGCAGCAACAAGUCAACGUUUGCUUCAGUUCAUGUUAUUAUGCCUCUGUGCCGUGUUGAUUAAUGUGAGCAUAACUCCUUGGUUUGUCCUGCUGACGGUGCCAAUAUGUAUUGCCUAUUAUGUCAUACAGAAGUUCUACAGGUGCUCAUCCCGGGAAUUGCAGCGUAUUGAAAACUCUACAAAUUCACCCGUAAUAUCACAUCUCUCGGAGACAAUACAAGGUGUGACCACGAUACGUGCUUACAAUCAGGAAUCACGUUUUACAGAAAUACUUUUCAAACGCCUCGAGAUGAAUACAAUUGCAUUUACAAUAUUAAACACAAGUAAUCGUUGGCUGGGCAUUUCGCUGGAUUACUUGGGAGGUGUCAUUGUUUUUGUUGCCAUUGUGACAGCUUUGUUAGUGGCCACCAUAAGUUGCAGCAACUAUAAUAGUAGUGGCAGCAGCCAAUAUAUGAUGGUUUCAGGAAAUUACACUGACAAUGGCGCUGACAGAUUUGGUGCUGGCAGUGGCAGCAAUGCUGCCAACCUGUUCCCGCACGGUAGCCACAUUAACCUACUCAACGAUAAUAAAAGAAAUAUGGUAACUGGACCAAAUUUUUCGCCUUCGCCAUCGCUUGUUGGCUUGGCCAUAAACUACACUCUUUUGGUGCCGAUCUACUUGAAUUGGGUUGUAAAACUUUUAGCUGACAUGGAAAUGUAUGUGGGAUCAGUUGAACGUAUUGCGUAUUACGCUGAAGAAGAAAUGGAAACAUCAACGGAAAUUGUCAAUAUGGCAAUGAAUGACAGUGACGGUGACGGCAACGGCAACGGUAACGGUGACGAUGACUGUGAUGAUGAUGCGAAAGACAAUGAAAAUGUUUCCGAUAAGACAGCAAAUAAUGAUGCGAUAAAGUUGCAAGGAACUAUUGCUGCUGAUGCUGAUGCUGCUCCUGCUGAUAAUGUUGGUGUUGGUGUUGCUGGCGAUAUUAUUGCAACACAACAAACUGAGGAAAUAAAGCAAAAUGAAAAACUUUCAAUGACUGUAAUGGAGCGUAAUGAUGUCGAACGCAGGGCCAGCGUACGAAAAAUGUCGAAUGGAAAAAAUUACAAAACGGUACCAAUUUCAUGGCCACAACGCGGUGACAUCAGCUUUGAAAGUGUCAGCUUAAAAUACGAAGGCAAAAGCGAGAAUGUAAUCACAAAUUUGACAUUAAAGAUACCGGCAGGUCAAAGGAUUGGCAUCUGUGGUCGUACCGGCAGCGGCAAAUCCUCUUUGGCCUUCUCCCUGUUCGGUGUAUUACAAACGACAAGUGGUCGCAUUCGCAUCGAUGAUGUCGACAUAACACAAAUUCAUCCUGACGAGAUACGUACUAGAUUAUCGAUAAUCCCACAGGAUGUGCAUUUAUUCAAUGCAACAAUACGAGAGAAUCUCGACCCGCCGGGUUACUAUUCGGAUUUGGCGCUUUGGAAUUGCCUUGAAUUGGCACAGUUAAAGGAAUUCGUCAAUGUACAAAUGCCGCAGGGUUUGGACACAGAAAUAACGGACGGUGGCUCUACUCUUAGUGCUGGGCAUCGGCAACUAUUCUGUUUGGCACGUGCAAUUUUACGUGGUUCGGUGUGCCUCAUAUUGGAUGAAGCUACAAGUUCCUUAGAUAGUACAACAGAAAAUGCACUACUUGCUGCGGCCCAUAAGGCAUUUCAGGGACGUACCAUACUUACAAUUGCUCAUCGGCUGUCCACCAUAUUGGACUAUGAUCGAAUUAUUGUAUUGGAAAACGGGAAAAUUGUCGAAGAUGGCAGUCCAGCAGAAUUGCAGCGGAAAUCAAAUGGCAUUUUUAAUACUUUGCUCCUUUCUGGUCGGCCAUUGUCGGCAGCAAGUGAUUGCAGUAUUUUGCAGGAUUUCAAGCAGGAGAGUCGGAAGCAAUCAUAGAAAAUAUAUUUUAAAUAAAAAUAAUAUACUUUUAUAACUUCAAGAUAUUGUUACCUAAUGUAUUUUCAAACGUGUGUGUGUUUGAUUUUUUGUGAAACUAUGCCAUAUAUCGAUUUACUUAAUUUUGUACCCU